AUUCCACGGGUCAAACCCGCACCUUCACAAUUGAUACCUUCAUUGGCGCGCUACCGAGAGAAGCAGAAGCACCCUACAACACACACAGAAUCAAAUCCACCUUUUUCUUCUUCGUUCCAAAUUCAUUCAUUUUUGGUUUUUUCUCUGAAAAUGUGGUUGCGGAAUCUGCUAAACGUGUGGCCAUUCAGAGUGGACGAGCUGAGAGAUUCGAAACAACUGGUGAAGAAACUGAGCGUCCCCGAAGACACGAAGCAAUUCGUGUUCGCGGUGCGCGAUCCCCAAACCCAAACCCUAAUUUACAUCCUCUCCGUCCUCAACUUAUCGGAGCGAUCAGCCUCCGACGCCACGUGUCUCAUCAGGGAGAUCAAACCCGACGCCGUUUUGGUGCAAGCCGCCGCCGCCGCUGCCGCCGCUGUUUCCCCCUUCUCUCAGCUUCAGUCCGAAGAAGAAGAACAACAACACUUCGUUCCGUUACCGACCUCAUCUUUCGGGGUACUCAAACGUUGCCUUGUUGAUACAAUUGGUACGGACAAGUACGAGACUGUUGCAGGGAACUUCGUGCUGAGGGAGAUUUUCGGGACCAGUUUUCAUGGUCCCUUGUUGGCGGCUAAGAGGGCUGCUGAGGAUGUUGGAUCGUCGUUUUUUGUUAUAGAGUCUCCCUCUCCCUCUCCCUCUUGUUGGGGCAAUAAUAGUAAUAAUAAUAGUGAUAGUGAUUGCAAUAAUGGUGGUGGAGUUGUUGACAGUGGUAGCCAUUUUCGAAGUCUUGUUAAUUGUUUGGUUCCUCAGCAGCAUGCUGCUUCUUGGGCUCCUUCGGCUUUGAAAAGGUUUUCUCUUGAUAAGGAACUUAGGAUGAUGUUGGCUAAGGCUUUGUCGUGGAAUUCGGGUCCACUUUUGCUUAGUAGUUCUGUUUUGGAGAGGGGUAGUAUUGAGGAAAUUCGGCCUUCAAGUAGUUACGAGACCCCGGGUUUUGCCAGGUCUAUUUAUCCUUUGCUUGAGGAUUUGUAUAGUAUAUUUGGUGAUCUUCCGUCACUCGGGAAGGCACUGGCACAUGUGCAGAAGAUGUUGUUGGAUGUGAAUAGAGGGGAGGUUCUUGAUAAAAGUACCGUUUCUGAGGUCUAUACUUUCCGGAUUGCUGUUGAGGGGCUUAGAAUUGCUCUGAAUAAUAAGGGGUUGAGGCCUGUUAACGGGAAAGGUGCUGCAAAGUCGGAUAAGAUUGAGUUCUCGGAUCUUCCCAUUGAUGACAAGUCACACGCGCUCUUCGCACAGGCUAUCCGGAGCCAGGCUGUUAAGUUUAAGACCAUUGUGGUGGUGGUUGACGCUAGUGCCUUGGCUGGUCUUAGGAAACAUUGGGAUACUCCUCUCCCUGUUGAAGUCAAAGAGCUGAUUGGAGAACUAAUCACAAAUUCUGAAGGUAAAGGGGUUAUGUUGAAUCAUAAUGAGAAGAAGCGGCUAUUAACAGAUAAAUCUAUGGUGGCAGUAGGUGCCGGAGCAACAGCAGUUUUGGGAGCUUCAUCGCUGACCAAAGUAGUCCCUGCGUCAACACUGGUGAAGGUUGUCACUUUCAAAAUUCCAACUUCACUCAAAAUCGGUCUCAGCCAGAUGCAGAAAGUGCUGGCUUUUGCCUUUGGCCCUUCUAAAGUUGUGGCUCCAGGGAUUGCAACUUCAGGAGCAAAAACGUCUGGCAUCAUGAAGGCAGCAGUAUCUACCGAAAAGAUUCGAGGAGUUGCUCACAGUGUUAUAGCCUCUGCCCAAAAAAACAGUAUUUCAGUCAUGAGAACAGCUUUCUAUGAAAUAAUGAGGAAGCGAAAGGUGCAGCAUGUUGGGUUCUUGCCUUGGGCUACAUUUGCCGGCAGUAUUGGAACUUGUUCAGGCUUGCUUUUUUAUGGUGAUGGGAUUGAGUGUGCUGUUGAGUCUCUCCCUGCAGCCCCCUCCAUUGCCAGUUUGGGUCGUGGGAUUCAGCAUCUACGUGAGGCAUCUCAAGCAGUGAUGCAAACAGAAGGAAGUAGAAUCCAAGCAUCAAUAGAAUCUCUAAUAAAAAGAAUAAAGAAGGCAAGGGAUUGAUAGAGAGAUAAUAUAAUUCUUUUUGCUAUGCAGUUGUGAUUUUCUUCAUAAGGUGAUCAAAAUCUGAUUGGUCCUGAACUUUCACCACCUAGUCCUGCUAGAUGCAAUUCGAGUCUUGCUAACUGCUGUAAAAGAGGUUUUUUAAGCAAGCUUAUAAUUAAAAGUGUGAGAAAUGGUCUCAAUUUUGUAAAGGGAGAUCAUAGAAAUAGGCUGAACGAAUGUUACUCUGAUGUGGUUAUAGGUUUGUUAAGGCCUAAGAUAUAUAUGCUAUGUUUAACACAAUCAUUCUUUUUUUUUUUUUCCUGUGUUUACAACUAAGACACAGAUUGUAAAAAAUAAAUGCAUGGGUAUUCGAUAAUUUUCUGCAUGUUAUAUCUUGUAUA